UGCAGUCUAUAAUGGAACAGGAUACUACACACCUAACCUGACUAUUAUGAAUAGAUGAUGCACCUUUGUCAGCCCAUUCUGUUUCUGGACCUAUGUUUUCAACUCCAACUAUCUUGCAGUCUUUUUUUAUGGCUAUAUAAUCAGAGACAGUUUCAUAACCAUGGGCUUAUGUCACACCUUGCGACGUCAUAAUGAAAACCAUAACAACCCAGAGAUGGAUGGAGUGGACAAAACACAGCAAAAAAACAAAAUGCAUAUUUGUAUUGAGAGAAACAAGUCUAGAGGACUUGCACACGAGCGUGUUCAUCAAAUCAUCCAAACCUGGGAAGACCACAAGACACAGGAUUCAAAAUCCUGUGUAAAGGAACAGCAGUAAUGGAAAAGCAUUAAUGAAUGGAGACAAAGAACAUCAGAGGGGAAAAGAGAUGGUCGGCUAAAAGGAGGUUGCAUUCUGACUGUGAGAGAGUGAACAAGAACAACUUUAACUGAUGAGCAGAUACUGAAAGCAUUUAGUCAAUAAAUUCCUUCAGAUUGAAUAGCAGUAGCCGGAACCUAGAACAACAAUCAGGAUUGAACUGUUUGAAAGAUGUCGAACAGCCCAGGGACAGAAUCCUGAAAAAGAAUGUCAGUUAGCAAGAAGGCACAAAUAAUCUAUUGAUACUGAACUGAGCAACUUUAGCCUUCAGCCUCAGGCUGAAAAAAGGCUCCUAAAAUGUACAGUAGUGCAAAAUCAUUCUCAGUUGCACUGCUGAAAAUGACUGAAGAGGAAGACGAAAUUUGUCAGCAGAAAAUAUCAAACACCCUCCACACACUGGGUUGUCAUCAUCCAGAAAUAGUAUUAACUGCCUGUCACGACUAUCUAUCCCACAGGAGCAUACACACAGCUUCACAGGGGAUUGUAGUCUUAGAAAUUAUAACAAGGAUUAUCAAAGACACCCUUGACCAAAUUAGCCAGGCAACAGCGGAACAAGUUAUCUCUUCAGCUGUGCUGUGGGUGACAAUGUCAGGAACCAAAGCUGAGAUCCAGGAAGUUGCAAGCAACCUCCUGGCUGCCAUGAGCUUCAGGUUUAUAAAUGAAAUUGUCCAACUGAUGAUGGUGAAUUUUAAACAUGGCCACCUUCCACACAUUUACAUGGUGAAGACAUUGACCAAAAUGUCAACAGAAAAUGUGUACGGCAUGGUGCCAUUCCUCAAAGCUAUCUUGAAUACCAUGAUCCCAGUUAUCAUUAAAGUUAGAGAGGAUGAGAUGAAGUCUGUAUUUGCCUCAGCAAUAGGUAGUUUCAGUCAGAGCAUCCUAAACUACCUAGGAAAUAGUGAGAAAGGGUUAGACCCGACAAUCACCAGAAAGUCUUUCUUUACUGAGAUUAGUGUAAUCUAUAGUCUGUUGUUUCAGGUGUGGCUUGAGAAGGAGCCCUCCAAGUUCAACAUCCCCACAGUGGAAGCGCUUGGCUAUGUCAGCAACCUACUGCCCAAGGACAAACUAGAUGAGGAGUUGCCCAAGUUAAUUCUAGGCAUCCUGACACUCUACGAGAAACAGGUGGGGCAUUUUUCCAUCACAGAGUGUUUGUGUCGGGUACUGGAAAGUGCUACAGAAAUGAGGUGUGUUGGGCUGAAAACACUGAUGGACAAUCUACUCAACAGUCUUCACCAGCAGAUCUGUCUAUCAGUGGAUCUUAAUAAGCAGCUUCCAACCAGAAGUCAAAUUGCAAUCCUUUCCUGUUUCACAGUUCUGGCAUCGACUUACACAGAUUCAGUCUUUAACUUUCUCUUGGGGAAGUUAGAAAACAGUGAUCAGCGAAUGAGAGCAGGAACGCUUUACGUGCUGAGACAUCUCAUCAGCUCUUCCUCCUCACACCUGGAGGGACAGAAGACCCAGAUCAUGGCUGCAAUAAAACCAGUCAUUCUGGACACGAGCAGCAAUAUGGAGAAGAAGCACGUUGCUCAGGUAAUAUGUGCCAUGGCCCAACAAGGAUAUCUUGAGCCAGAGGGAGGAGAGGUAAUGGUGGAAUUCCUCAUCGAACAGUGUAAUAUACCCACUGAUUCAAGAACCACGGCAGUAUACAGCCACCAACUAGAUCAGGUUACAAAUGAAGAUUUAGUUUCAAUAUGUGAAACAGUAACGUUUAUUAUUACAGAUAUAAUGAAAAUGGAAGCUGUUCUCUGGCCAUUCCUAUUGGGAUGUGUCACAAAGACCCAGUAUACCAAGGCUUUAACAACAAUCUGCAAUUGCUUAACACAUAUAGCAAAAAGGAAACUACAAACUAGCGGUGAAAGGUUUCUACCCAUUUAUGAUGAGAAUCUCCCGAAAGCACAGGCACUGUUGGCCCGACUCUUCCUUACUUCUUGUUGCCCUUAUCAGGGAGGAAGCCGAGGUGCUGCUGCACUGAGACUAUUGCAAGCUCUGAGCUUCAGUAUUCAUCCAGCAAUAGUGUCAGACUGGGAAGAGCAACUUCCGUCAUUAACUGACUAUUUACUGGAUAAUUCAGAAGUAUCUCUACCACAACAGGAAUGGGAGGAGAAACUGCUGCUUUUCUUGUCUAGAACCCUGAAUGCCAUUGACGAUGAGGAAUGGACAAGCACGCUGAGUGAUGAAAUGUGCAAACAGAUUGACACUAACUACUGUGGCCCACAAGAAAAAGCUUUCUUCUAUAAAUCUCUUGGAACAGUGCUCCACCAGAUGCCUAGUAAGAACAUAAAGAAAGAGCUUCAUCAAAUGUUACAGAAUGUGCAGCAUAGUGAGAGUGCAGAAAGAGAGAGUGUAGCCAUUGCCUUUGGUCUGUGUGCCAUGACCCACUUUGAUGAUACACUUGGUACCCUGGAGGAAUUUGCACAAUCCAGCAGGUUCAAGAACAUGAAUAGUUUCUUCAAUAUACUUCGAGAUAAAUCUGAUGUGAAUGGAGAUAAAGCUAAAAGCACACUGGUUCUCUGCUAUGGGAACAUGGCACUCUAUGCACCUGAGGAACUAGCUCUCUCCAGAAUUGAGACUCACAUUCUGCCAGCUGUGAUAAAUCAAUUUAAUCCUUGUCGGCAAGGAAUAAAGCCUGAAUCUAAAGAUCUCACAUUGAAGCUCAGUCUGAUAAAGACAGUGACUCUGAUAGCUAGAUCCCUACUUUCAAGUCAUCAAAUGGUUCCCUUCAACUUCAGCAGGAAAGGGGAGCUUCUGAGAUUCAUGCAGCAACUCAUUGAGGCUGAGCCACCAGACCUGCUACACGGUCCUGUUCGACAAUUAGCCAUGAAGGCCUGCACAUACCUUGUACAAUUACACUCUGAUUCAAAACUAACUGACACUUCACGGCUGGUUCAAACCUGCGUGAUGAGCGUUUUUAGCUUGGGGUCUUCUGAACUGCAGAAGAACGAGAUCAAUGGAAACACCAAGGAGCCUCCAACACUUUUUGUCCAAACUAUGGCAGCUCUGCAAGAACUUCUGAAGCAAAUUUUACUUCAGGACAUGUCUUCUGAAGGUUUUCAGGCAAUAUUCAUUCAACUAGAACACUGGAUCAUGUCGAGAAAGGACUACGAAAGAGAAAGAGCAAUGGCCACUACUUUAGAGCUGCUGAAAUAUUACUUGGAGGCACUCUAUUUUAAGAAUGUCAUGCCACUAAAUAACUUGGGGACUCUAAUUGGACAACUGAUGCCCCGCAGUGCAGAUCCAUCAGUAGCCGUUGGGCAGUUGGCCGUGGAGAGCUUGUACAUUAUCCUGACCAUUCAGUUAUUAUAUGAAAGCGCCAACCUAGACCAGCAUAACAGGGACCUUGAGGUUCUAAAAGCAGUCCAAGACCAGUUAGUCAACCGCGACAGUUCAAUUUUCUUCCAAACAUGCUGUCAGAUCACAGAAGUCAUCUCCAAAUGUUUGCCCCAUGACCAAUUGGCCAACUUAGUCUUUGCACUCUUCAAAGGACUGGCUGACCAGCACCCUUGUUGUUCCAGUGCAGCAGCGAUCUUCAUGAAAGCCAUCAUCGAAAGACGUGGCAGUGAACUUUGGGACCAGGUCUCCGAAAUCUUUAGCGUGCUGAGGGUUCCAUUGAUGUGCACUCCUUACAAGAUGGUGAAACUUUCAGUUUUACGCAGCAUUGCCAUUCUUGCUUCGCAUAACACAGCAACAGUCGUCUCCUAUCUCCUCACUUACAAUAUUACUUCUGACGAGUAUUUCAGUGCAAUUUGGAGAUCACUUGCCGAGGAAAGACAAUGUGCCCUGCUGACAAUAACAGAACUGUUGGAUACACUAAACAAACAGCUAUGCUCUGGGGUAAAGGGGGCCCAUUCUACCAGUGGGAGCCUGCCUCAACCUUCAGCUCUUGAAUCUCUAGCGCCUAUGUAUGCAUUGUAUGAAAUGAUAAUCACACCGGAGUCUCAAGAGACUGUAAACAAUUUAUUCCCCCAGUUAUUCAGCACACUGCUUGUCCAUCACUGCUCCUCUGUCAAUGUACGCCUACCCAAGAUUUUUGUUCCCCAUAAUGAUUCAAAGCAGAGAGAACUUUCAGCUGAGCCGGAGACAUCUAGCAGCAGAAACAUGUGUGAGAACUGUGUGAAUAUGCUAAUAAAACUGCUGAAUCUGUCACACAAUGAACAAGUGGUGCAUUUCAUGGUGGAAAGUGGAGGCUGGGAACAGAUGAUGGACCUGCGAAAGUCCCACAGGGGGGUUAUGCUACUGGCCAAAGCAAUGGUCCAAUGUGCUAUCCCUGGUCUACCUGUGAUUGUAGCACAGCUAGCAGCCUUCAUUCUCACUGUGCAAGACUGUCAGAAAGUCACUGUGGCUGCUUUCUUUGGAGAAGUUUUAAAGUCUCCACUGGCUGUGCAAAUGCAGCUCACGGAAAUCCUGAUGAACAGGUUGCUUCGAUGCUUACUUAACACUUCUGCAGUUGUGCAGUUUCUCUGUGUCCGAGGUUUAGGCAACAUUACAUCUGGAGCUCCUUACAGCAUUGAGAAAUAUUCCCGACCAGUGCUGUGUGCAAUGAUAUCGCUGAUCGCAUUGGGGGAAAAUGAUAACGAGGUGCUUAUGUUUGAGGUUCUGUUGUGCCUGUCAAGGUAUUUAGAGCAGUUGCGAGCAAAUACCAUCAGACCCUUUAUAUUAAAAAUCUUCACUGGAAUCCAACCAUUUUUUGAAGCCAAAAGUGAUAAAGUGCGAGCUGAGGCAUUUUGGCUGUUGGGGAAAUUAGCCAAAUGUGCAAGUAGAGAUCCCCAAUCUUACUUGUACCGACAAUUCCAUUCAAACUUUGUUUGCCUGUUGUUGCACCUGAAUGGAAACAGUAAGGAGGUGAGCAGUGCUUGUAAUUCAACCCUUCGACUGGUCAUUCCCCUUCUUGGUUCAGCCGAAGUAUUCUCAAAGCUUGAGCAACAGUUGAGGGAGCCUGUCCUGGAUUACACAGAGUUCUUGAGAGAUAUUUCAAAACAAUUAAUUAAGGAUUUCCCUGAUAGAGUCCAUUCAUAUGUGACAGACUGCACAUCCUUCUUUAAUAAUCCAAAGGAACAGAUCCGUGCAAAUGCUGUGACUCUUUCAGCUUUCUUUUUCCAGCAUAUAGAAGUUCAUUCCAAACCUGCCCAAAGAGCCACCUGGUGGAAUAAAUACAAACACUCUAUCUGAGAUCAAAUACUGACCGAGGUCAAUAAAAGUCGUGACAUUCCUCAAUUACAGCUUCGUCAUCAUAGUUCUAGAUCCACUUUGUCUUCACCUUCUUUAACCAAGGCGUUUAUCCUCUUUCAUUUCUUCAAGAAAACCUCAAAUUGUCUUCGAACUCUCAUCUCUAGCACAUAUCUUUGAAUCUCCUUCACCUACUUUUCUUGCCAAUAAAUAAUUGGUUAAUGUUUUAUUAAUUUUCUUCAUUAUAAAUACAACAUAAAUGUAUCUUUCCAUCGCAGAUAUUGUUCAGUGUGUACAUGUUGCAAGCUCCAUUCUUUUGCAGAGGAAGCUUACAUGCAAUCCUGAAUUCAAGACAAGUACUUUUCGUGAACUGAGAAAGACAAAUAAAAUGAAAAGUAAUUCAUUAAAGAAGAAUCGGAGAAGAGCAAAUGUCAGACAGUCUAAUGUUGGAUUGAGAGUCCAUGUGAGCAUAAGCAUAUAACUGUCGUAAAUGAGGCUGGUGAGCUGUGGACCUGUCUAAAAUUUGGAUUAAUAUAUACUGGGAUAAGACAUGGACCAGGGCUGAAGAGGGGAAGAAAUAAUUUGUCAGAUUCAAUGUAUUCAGCAAAGUAGUAUAUGGAAGAAACUGAAGCUAGCAUUCCUGGUGAAAUAAAGUGGUACUGAAAUAAAUAAAUCAAAGCACUUGAGCGAUGAUUUAAUUGCAAUAUUAAAAUAUAUUUUGUUUAGAAUAAUGGAAUAAAGCACCUAUUGACCACAUAUAGUGCAGAUUACCAAAUUUGCAAGCUAAUUGUAAGAAGAUACAAGUCACAGAAUACUGAAAUUAGGUCUUCAAUUAUCCUACAUACAGAAUGGAAUAAUAAGUGUAAACAGUGUACAGGGAUGAGUACUUGAAAUGUGAAUGAUUUUCACCAGUGUUUUAGAACCACUGAAGAUGGAAGCAAUGAAAAGAAAUUAAACAGGUUAAGUGGAAACAUUCAAGCAGCAAUUACAUCAACGGAUUUUGAAUGUUUAGAAAGAAAGGACAAACUACAAUCCAGGGUACUUAAUUAAAUAGGGCAAAUUUCAUUGUGUGAAAAAAAAUAUUUGCCUUGGCAAAUUAAAAUUAGCAGCUAAAAAGGAAUUAGACAAUGUAAUGCCUUCAUGAUACCGAUACGAAGAAGGAUAUCUGCUGUGAGGGAGAUAGGAGAGCAUCUAAGGUUAGAGCUCCCCCGAUAUCUACCAUGGUGGGGAUUAAAAUUAAACAGACAAAAAAGGCUGACAACAAACAUUUUCCUUUAUAGAAGAGAAACCAGUCCAAUUCAUAAACACAGCAGAGAGCUAAAAAGGAGAUCAAAAUGUCCAAAAUGAGGCCAUGAGAUCAAAUUAGUAGUUAAUGUAAAUUUAGCCAAAAAUACUUUGACAAGCAUAGAAAUUAAAUUUGGCAAAAGUGAGGAUAUGCACCAUAAUCCUGAGAGGCAGGGGGCAUAGUUGAGGCAUAAAAUGAGUGUAUUAAACUAAUGAACAAAACGCAGACAGUCAGAGAACUAUUGUUCUUCAUCCUGGUGAUGUGAACAGUGAUUUAAUUAGCACAUCGCAUUACUAUUGCCUGUUGCUUUACAUUAUAUCAACAGUGCCCUCCUUAAUGUUUGGACAAAGACCCUUUAUUUAAUUAUUUGCCUCCACAACUUGAGAUUUUUAAUAGAGAAAAAAAAAAUCACAUGUGGUUAAAUUGCACAUUGUCAGAUUUUAAGAAAGGACAUUUUUAUACAUUUUGGUUUCACCAUGUAGAAAUUACAGCUGUGUUUAU